AUGGAGCACGAGGAGCGAGCGCCGUUCGUAGCGACGACCAAGUCGGCCAGCUACGGCCACGCGAGUGACCUCGAAGCCGGGCUACGCGUGCUGUCGCUGCGGUCGCCCGAAGCCGUCGCGCUCUUCUCGCAGUACGUUGCGAUUGGCAUUCUCUACGGCCUCCUGCCCGGACUCCAGUACCCGAUCUUCAACAACUAUCUGCACAUGGAGGGCUACCAAACCUCUGCGUAUGGCGUCCUCAUCCACAUUGGCUGGUCGUUCAAGGUCUUCCUCGGCAUGCUCUCCGACUGCGUCCCCAUCUUUGGCUACCGCCGCAAGAGCUGGAUGCUCCUCGGGUGGACGAUCGCCAUUGUGAGCCUUGGCUUCCUCACGUUCACGCCGUUUCCGUCGCCCUACUGCGACGCCCGGUACAUUGCGUGCCCGGCCGUGCGCCCGUCGCCACUCGUCAACGCCAGCUUUUACAACCUCGACGCGCCCGACGCCGGGACGUCGAUCAUUGUGCUUUCCGUGCUCGUCGGGUUUGGCUACGUCAUGGCCAACUCGGCCGCCGACGCCAUCGUGGUCGAGUACACCCAGCGUGAGCCGCUCGCGACCCGCGGGCGCACGCAGAGCGCGAUCUACGCGAGUCGGUACGCCGGACAGAUGCUGGCGCAGACUGCGAUCGCUCUCCUGCUCAACGGCAAAGUCUACGGUGGCUCGUUCGACUUUGACGUGCCACCCAACGUCGUGUACGGUCUCUGCCUCGCGCCGAGCGUCCUGAUCCUCCCGAGCACGCUGCUGUGCCUCGUCGAGCACCCGUCAGCGCCGACGCCGAUCCCGAUCUGGCUCCACUCGUUCUGGCAACUGCUCCAGGUGCCAGCCAUGUGGCGCGUCUGCGCCUUCAAAUUCCUCAACUCGGCCGCACCGAUUGCGCGGACGUGGGCGCACGUCGAGCCGCUCAACGACGCCAUUGCCGGCGUCCUCGGGUCGCUGGCCAUGGCGCUCAUCAUGGCCGGCGUCGGGCGCUUCGGACUGCACUGGAACUGGCGCACCGUCGUGGCCAUUUCGACGGUCGGCAUCAUUGCCAUCGAUGCCGUUGCCGUCUUUGCCACCGUGUGGGACCUCGUCCGCAACCAGUGGUUCUACAACGGUGUCGUCCUCGCCGAGAAGGUUCCGGACGGCAUCCGCUUCAUGGUUGCGUCCUACUGCGCGGUUGAGAUCGCCGACGUCGGCAACGAAGGCGCCACGUACGGCCUCGUCACAACACUCGGCAACCUCGCGUCGCCGUUCGCUGCGGUCUUUUACAAGCUCGCGGACGCGACGUUCGACGUGUCCCAAGACGCCAUUGCGCGCGACGACGUCGACGUUCGGUGGCAAGUGACGUACUGUUUCCUCCUCUCGUACGGCGUGCGGCUCGCCGGUCUCUUCUGGCUCUUCUUGCUGCCACCGCAGAAAGCGGCUUUGCGCCACCUCAAGCAGCACGGGACGCCCAGCGCCGCUGCUGGCGCCACGGUCGUUGUGGUGUUUGUACUGGCGCUGCUGCUCUCGGUGACGACCAACUUCAUGUCGAUCUACCCGGCCACCAAGUGCUACCGCAUCGCCGGUGGCCACGGCACGGUCAACGGCACGUGUGUUUAG